AUGUCUGCUCCAACCACAAUAACUCCCCAACUCCCCAAAACCUAUUCUGCCCUCGUUGUUACCUCCACCUCCUCCCCUCUCAUCGUCGAAACCCGUCCGCUUCCCACCGCCACACCAGGCAGCGCCCUCGUCCGCAUCCUCUUCUCGCCCCUCAUUUCCUACGCGGGCGAAGUCUACGCCGGAAAAUGCGGCUAUUCCUUCCCUACCCCCUUCGUCCCCGGCACUAGCGCCAUAGGCCGCGUCGCCGCCGUCGGUCCCGACGCGACUCAACUCGAACCGGGAAAGCUGGUCUAUGUGGAUUGUUUCAUUAGAGGAAGGGACGAUCCUAGUGCGAGGAUCUUGUUGGGGUUUAGUGAGGGCCUUGGGCGAGCGGGGGGAAUGAAGAAGUUGAUGAGUGGUGAGUGGAGGGACGGGACGUUGGCAGAGUAUGCGAAGGUGCCAUUGGAGAAUUGUUUUGUGUUGGACGAGGCGAAGUUGACGCGUGGUGUGGGAGAGGGAGGGAUGGGAUACGACUUGGAGAGGUUGUCGUAUCUGUCGACGUUGUUGGUGCCGUAUGGAGGGUUGAGGGAUGUUGGAUUGCAGGCGGGGGAGACGGCCAUUGUGGCGCCGGCGACGGGAGCGUAUGGAGGUGCGGCGGUACAGGUGGCGUUGGCGAUGGGUGCGGGGAAGGUGAUCGCGAUGGGUCGGAACCAAGAGAAACUAAAGAAGAUCAAGAGCAUCAGUAGACGAGUUGAGAUCGUACCGAUCAUGGGCGAUAUCGAGAAGGAGACAGAAGCACUCGAACAAUACGGCCCCGUCGACGUAUUCUUCGAUAUUUCACCACCGGAGGCGAAGCUCUCGACGCAUGUGAAUAGUGGGAUACGUGCGCUGAGGCAUGGAGGGAGGGUGAGUCUGAUGGGAGGGAUUGGACGGGAGGUGCCGCUGCCGUUCUUUUGGAUCGUGGCGCAGGAUUUGCAGUUGAAGGGGAAAUUGAUGUACGAGAGGAAGGAUAUUGGGGCGUUCAUUCAGUUGCUGAACUCCGGGGUGAUGAGGCUGGAUGGUGUGGAGAUUGUGGCGAAGUUUGGGCUGAAGGAGUGGAAGAAGGCGUUCGAGGUAGCGAAGGAGAAAGCGGAUAUGGGGCAGGUGGUACUGAUAGCUCCUUGA